AUGGAUCUCAAAAGUCAGCGCGUGAAAUUAAAUGAUGGUCACUCCAUUCCUGUCCUGGGAUUUGGCACCUAUGCACCAGCAGAGGUGCCUAAAAGUAAAGCUGAAGAGGCAACCAAGAUAGCUAUUGAUGCUGGAUUUCGCCAUAUUGAUUCAGCUUAUAUGUAUGAAAAUGAAGAAGAAGUUGGAAAAGCCAUUCGUAGCAAGAUUGCUGAAGGUGUUGUAAAGAGAGAAGACAUAUUCUACACUUCAAAGGCCCUGGAGAAGUGUAAGGAUGCAGGGUUGACCAAGUCCAUUGGAGUGUCCAACUUUAACCGUAAGCAGCUAGAGAUGAUCUUGAACAAGCCAAGACUCAAGUACAAGCCUGUCUGCAAUCAG